AAUUAGGCCUACCAACCAAACCGUUUUUGCAAAUUUUAUUUAAAACUUCGAAUUUUCUUCUUCUUAGAACAAAUCUCGUAUCAUUCUCCGGCGAAAUCGAGUUUCAGGAAAAAAAAGUUGAAAUAAUGGCAGAGCAGAAGAAGCAGCAAGUGGGAUCUAAAAAAGUGAAUCAGCUUCGGCCAUUAGAUUUUGGGGUUAAUAUAACUGUAAAGGUUAUUAGUAAAAAGCCAAUUGCACAGAGAAAUCGUCUUGCUGAAUGUUUGGUGGGUGAUGAAACUGGAAUUAUUAUUUUUACUGCCCGCAAUGAUCAAGUGGAUUUAAUUCAAGAAGGUUCCACACUAGUCUUGACAAAAGCUAAAGUUGACAUGUUCAAAGGAUCGAUGAGGCUUGCUGUUGAUAGAUUUGGCCGUAUUGAAGUUGGUCAACCAGCCAGUUUCUCUGUGGAUCAAGAUAUUAACAUGUCCUUGAUUGAGUUCGAACGUGUAGACAUUGUUGUCUAAGCACCCAUCCUUCUCCCAAAGGGCCGAAAAGACGCGAGUAUAAAGCUUAAUUCUAUCUCUUGGGUACUUGUUACCAUGAAUUUCUCUUCACAUACUGGAAGAGAGACUCGGACACUUUUUCUGAGAGUAAACCUUUUGUAGUAUUGAAGAGGAACAAGCUGUUAAUUCCUGUUUUCCUUAUUUACUUGUUGGACAAUCUAGGAUUUAGAAAUUACAAAGCAGUUAUUUAUAGGUACAUUUUGUUGGAUAAUCAGUGGUCUUUUCAAUAAAUGUAUUGAACCUUUUCUUUUUCAGUUUUCUC